GCGGAUAUGGAGACGAUGCGUUUCUUCGAGGAGUUGAAGCGGGACAACCCCGACAUUGUGGAGACCUUCGUUGCCCAAGAGGCUUGGCCAGAGAUCUUGCCCUCUGCCCCGCGGGACGGCUGGGCGCAGUGCGAGGGAGAGCCUUGCAAGACUCUCGUGGUGCGCAUCGGCAACAAUAAGACCUUGACAGAGACUUCUCCGGAGGUCUUCUUCAGUGGCGCUCUUCACGGCGACGAGCGCAUCGGGCCGCUCACCGUGACCGAGCUUGCAGGCUUCUUGUGCCAGCAGUACCGGGAGGGCAACUCGGAGGUCCGCAGGCUCGUAGACUCACGCGGCACCUGGAUCAUGCCGAUGACCAAUGCCCACGGGUACGCCCACAGGUGCCCGGCGCCGGAGAGGGCCCCGCGAGGGCGCGCCAAUCCCAGCACCGCGGAGCUGUCAAAUGAGGACCUCAUCAAGCUGCUCAAGUCACGAGGGCUUCAAGCGGGCUCGGGGCUUGACACCAAGCUCACCGAAGUAUUCAAGAAAGCGGAGGAGCCUGGGCCAGCAGACCUCGGCUCCAAAGGGCUUCAGGUCCUGCUCCAGAGGCAGUCGCGGAAGCUCAAGCAUAUUGAAGGUUCCACCGAGAGAGUGCAGAAUGCCAAGGCCGCGCUCGAGAACGCGCAGCGCGUCUACGAGCAGGAGUGCCAGCAGCUCAAGGCCCACCAGGACACCCUCUCGGAGAUCGAAAAGAUCAUCAAGAAGGCCCAGGCCGCCACCGUCCUGCCAGAGCCGCCUGAGCAGGAUGGCGAGCCCGAUUCAAUCCAUGAGCUCCAGAUGCUUGAAGUGUGGGGGCUGGCUGUCAAGAAGUACACUUCACGCUUCGCCAUCGAUGCCACUGCGGUCCUGGAAGCCACGGAGGCGAAGAAGGCGGAGUUUUCAGCGAAGUUGCCGAAGGAUGCGUUCAGGCACCAGAGUGCCGUCAAGUGGGCUCAGCAGCGUGGAUUUCAAGCCUCUAUGCCCAAAGCAAACAGUACUGGGCCAGGCCCUACGGAGUCCAGUGCGGGGCGCGCUGUGCUCAGUCAGUUCCCAGCAGACAAGUUGGAUUUGAGUUGUGGAAAGGAGCUGCCGUCUUCCAGGAUCAGUGGCCGUGGCAUAUUGGGUUGGAGCACCCUCCUGACCUUCAGCAAGCCUGUCAAGUUUGGUUUCGGCAUGUGGAAGCCUAUCUUCUGGAGUUCCAUGACAUUCAAGGAUGGUGUGGGCAAUUAUAUGCUGGCAGAGCUGAUGGGCUACGAGUUCAGUAUGUGGAGCUGGGCCAAGCCCGGGAGGUGGCAGCACGCGCUCAGGAGUGCCCUAGUGAGGCUGCUCUCCGAUGGAGGGGACGAGCAUCCGGAAAAUUGCAUGCGGACGCAGACCGCUCGCGCGGUGAACGAGCUCUUCCGGAGGCAUCUGUUUCAUUUCAUGAUUACGUUUCACGGGGGCAUGCGAGCAUUGACAUACGAGUGGGGUUCGCGCAACCACCUUGCGAAGAGGCACGGCUCAACUGAGUCGCCCGACGACCAUGCGUUCACGACUGUGGGAAAGUCCAUACAGAGUGCAGCUGGUCGGGAGAAGAGUAGUUUUUUUUACCCACUCGGCAGGAUCAGCGAUUUAGUGUACCCAGUUGACGGUGGUAUGGAGGAUUGGUCCUACGGCGCUGGCUGGGAGCAAUCACCAAAUCCAAUCACUGUUUGCAGACCGAAAACUUAUGGUGGAUACGCCGAGUCUCGGACACGAUACAAGCCUGGGAGUAUCGCAACGCUGGUGUACCUGGCAGAGAUGGACGACGCAAAGACGCCAAGGGAAAACACCUUGGGACGUGCAGCACAGCUCUGGGAGAAUGAGGAUAAUGAUGGCCACGUGGCACGGAAUAUGCGCAUGUGCUUGAAGCUAAUCGAGCUCGCUAAAGCCGAGGUUAUCGUGCAACCACCCGCUUGGGGCCCUACACUGGCCCCCCAGAGCGACCUGGCCCUCGAGCUGCACGGCUUCGGCUGCCUCACGGUCAGCUCGGCAAGGCUGCUGCUGGUGCCCCGCGCCCUGGUGGCAGACUGCGCCGGGCUCGGUGCCCCGCGCGGCGGCGGCUGGGACGCUGCGGCCAGGCGGGAGAUGCUGGAGCAG